AUGGAUAGUUUAUCAGAUCUAAGCCAAAGCAGCGACCCAAACGGUUCAUUAACUCGUAAGUUGUUUUACUUAGUUUUUCUGUUGUUUUUAGGUAUUAUUGACGAAGAUUUGGUUCUAUAUUUGACUGGAAUUGAGUCUUGACGAUUUUGUGGUCAAGUAUAAUAUAAUUUUGAUCAAAUAUUAUGGAUUGAAGCGUUUAAUUCCAAGUUUAAUGAAAAAUUUAAAAAGGGGUUUAGCGGCUUAUGAAAAUGGUGUGUAACAUAAUGUUUGAUUAAAUUUCGACCAGUUACAGCUAGUGUAAUAUAAUUUUUGACCAAUUUUGUCUUUUUCAGCGACGGUUUCGGCCAAAUCCAAUCCGAGUGACAGUGACGAUGAAGCCACAACUUCACAAACUCCAGCUUCACGCAAAGAGAAAUCACUCGGCAAACUGUGCCGACGGUUUCUCGUGGCCAUGGGGCAACAUUUACAAUCAGUUGGCAAUAAAAGAUGUUAUGGCGGACCGAUCGAUUGUUCAUGUCCAGGAAGUUGUCAGAACCAGAAAGACUGUAGAUGUGUGGAGAUUCAUCUGGAGACCGUGGCCAAGGAAAUGAAAACGGAAAAGCGAAGGAUCUACGAUAUUGUCAAUGUUAUGGAAGCGUUGGAUGCGAUGAGCAAGGGAAACAAGAGUUUUUAUCAGUGGAACACGUUGGCCUCGUUGCCUAUUGUUAUGGACAAACUUCAGGUGGGGGUUUUAUUGUUUUUCAUUUGAAGGUAGAACUUAAGUUUUUUUGUGGAAAAAACGAGAUUUUGUUACCUAAAAACUGAGUUUUGAUGUUUUUGUUAUCUAAAAUAUGAUUUAUAGUAACUUCGUACCUAAAAUUUGGUUUUUUUAAAUGUUUUUGUUACCUAAAAACUGAGUUUUGAUGUUUUUGUUACCUAAAAUUCGAUUUCUAUAAUUUUUGUUACCUAAAAUAUUUUCAGAAAGAAGCCCAAUCAGAAAAACUGUUCAACCGAGUGUCAGCCGUUCAAGAUGCGAUGGGGAAGCUUCAUGAAGUUGGUCUGAAUCCAUCAAUGGCUUCAAAACAUCUCGAAGAACCAAAGGAAUCACCGGUCGAUUCUUCCAAUGACAAAUACAGUAAUCUCAGCAAAGGAAACAAGAAUUCAUUGGCAAUCUUGUGCUCACGCUUUCUGAUGGUCAUUUUAAGCAAUCCAGUAAGUUUGCCAUGUUGUAUUUUAGGGGGGGGAUUGCUUUAAAAAUGGCAAAAUUGGGCGUGAAAAGCAAGGCUGAGUUUUAGGCUUAAAGGGAGAAAAAAAAAGAAAAAGAAAAGAAGUAAAAAAAAUAGUUUAGGCUUAAAAAAUGUAUUUUAAGCUUAAAAAAGACAUUUUUUUUUGGUUUUUAGGCUUAACCUAAAUAACUUAAGCCUAAUAGAAAUCUACGGCUCAGGUUUAAAUAAGACGACAUUUUUAUGCCAUUUUACAACACAUAAUUAAGAAAAAUGAAAUGGUCGAUGCAAUCCCCCUUCCUACUGUGCCAUUAUUCAAAUUUAACGAAUGUCAGCGCAUUCAUCCGAUAAAAUACGAAAAGUUUUCGCGAAUAACCUUCAAAAAGCAAUGACGUCUUUAUGGGACCACUUGUGGAGCUUUUGGCGCGCACUCUCGAAAAUUAAUCGAAGCCAAUUGUGUAAUAGCCAUUUAUAAUCCAUCAAAAAUGGCAUUACGGUUAUAUAAUCGAGAAGAAUGGGCUUGCUCUAGCAAUAAAAAGUUUAAGGAAUGGCAUAUACAGCCGUUGUCAAAAAAUAGUAAACCUAUUUGUUUCAAGCAUAACUUUUUUUAAAAAGAUGUUCAAAAUUAGAAAUUUUUUGAGAUUUUAGAUUGGUCUUUCAUACAACAAACGCACAAACAAUAAUUUUUAAAUGUUAAUUUUGAAAAGUUACAGUAGUUUCUACCGUACCCCUAUUUUUCAACUAUGUGUAUAAUUUUUUUUUAAAAAUCGAAGGUAUACGUUUUGUAGAGCAUAAAAAAUUGUACUUAUUCUGUAAGUUUCAUUACUUCGCCUUAUCUAGUCUACGAGUUACGAUUUUUUAAAAUUUGAAAAAACGAUUGAAAAACAAGAAAAGUUCGAUUUCGCUUGAAAAAUGGCCGUUUUUUGGAUUUAAAAAAAUCUUUACUCGUUUAGUAAAAGAGAUUAAGUAAUGAAACUUACAGAAUAUGUACAACUUUUUAUGCUCUACAAAAAUGUGUAUCUUCGAUUUUUUGAAAAAAAAUUAUACACAUAGUUGAAAAAAUAGGGGUACACUAGAAUUACGGUAACUUUUCAAAAUUAACAAAUUUAAAAAAUUAUUGUUUGUGCGUUUGUUGUAUGAAAGAUCAAUUUAAAAUUGCAAAGAUUUUUUUUGUUUCUAACAUUUUAUUAUAAAAAGUUGUGCUUGAAACAAAUAGGUUUACUAUUUUUUGACAAAAAAAAUUUACAGUGGAAUGACACUCCUGUAUAACUUACCAUUAGCAUUAGUUUUUUAAAAAUUUAUUACUUUCUAAAUUUUAUGAUUCUAAAAAUUAUAAAAAUCAAAAAAAAAUUUUUAGGCUCGUUUUAACUUUACGUUUUGAAAGUUCAAAAAAUUUUUAAAUUUGAAAAUUUUCCAGGAAGACAGAAAAGUAAGCCUGGACGUAGCCUCGACCGUGUUGAUCAAAGAAACCGAUCGUGAAGGGUACGAACCGCCAAGCCGAAGCCGCUGUCGCCGAUUGUACGAUAUUGCCAAUGUGUUAGUAGCAUUGGGUUUGGUGAAGAAGUCUCAUUAUAUGUUUGGCACUAAGAAGAUCCCAAUGUUCCAAUAUUGUGGGCCUGAACCUGAAAGUAAGUAUUUUUAGUGAAGGGUGGAAAUUUUGAUUGGGGAGGGGGCGGGAGGGAAGGUGAAGCAAUUUUUUUCGGUAGCCGGUGAGGGGUGGUAGUAAAAUAUGAAUGACACUUUGAGGAGGGGGUGGUAAAAUUUUUUUUUGGUGGGGAGGGGGAUUUUAUUUUUUAUUUAAGGUGAAUUUGGGGGAAAGGGUGGACAUUUUUUAUUUUUUUUGAUGUGGUAUGGAAAAAUUUAAAAUUUUAUUAUUACAAAUUAAAAAAUAUCAUUUUUAGGUACAAAAGAAAAAGCCCAUACCAGCAUGAUCAACUUCUUAAAAACCGCGAAUCUGGCCGCACCAUACGACGAUACCUGGACGGCAAUCUUUGGUUUCGACAAAACUGGAAGCACAUUGUUACCACCCCUCACUACCUACAAAUUCGCGUCAAUCAAGCCUUCAGAAUAUGGUUCACAAAAGGCUUGUGAUUCAGGAUCAGCUGAAGCUAAAGCAACGAAGAAGUCCGAAUCCACGAAAAUCAUUGAAAGAAAUAUCAAUGGACAAAGGAAUGUCAUGGAUUUCAACAUGAAGAACCUGUAUUCCGGAGCUGAUAAGAUGACUAAUCAGAAUAUUCUGAUGCCUUUUGGAAAUUUGGGUAAUUUGGCUAAUUUUGGAGCUUCAGAAGGCCUAACCGGCUUCAGAAUUCCUGAUUUAUCGAUGCUUGGAGCCUUGAAUUCAGCUUCGACGAGUCAGAACGUUGGAAUCCAGCAUCUGGGUCACGGUACGAUGAAUUCGGCUUCUGUAGCUUAUACUACGAUGAAUACGGCUGCUGGAGUUCAAAAUGUGAAUCAGGGAACGAUGAAUUCAACUGGAAUUCAAAAUCUAGGCACGAUUAACUCAUCAAUACAAGAUACGAUGAAUUUAGCUACACGGCUUCAAGAUCUACAAAGACAAAUGAAUCCGGCGACACAUGUAUCGUUUAAGCUACGCAAAAUGCCCUCAGGAUUCAAUUACGGCACGAUGAAUUUGGAAAAUCUCGGAAAUUUGAACACAAGGACUUCUGGAGCUAGUUUAUCAACAUCUGAUUCUGCAAAUUUGACUUCCGGAGCCGAAAACUUUGUGGCUUCAGAAUCCAUGACACCGUUGACCCCUCAGACUUCUAAUUUAUCGACUUCUGAUGCCUUGAAUCCACCGAAUUUGGAAAGAUUCAUCUCAGGUUCUUCAGAAGCCUCAAAUCCAUUGAAGCCAUCAUCAACAACUGCCAAUUCAAAUGAUAUAAAGGAUGAACAUAUAAUAAAAAUUGAAUCUACAGAGUCAGUAAAGAAUGAACAGGUUCCAAAACGACGAGUUUUUGGCGAAUUACCGGUCGAUUUUCAAAGAAACACGAGUACAAUGAACAGAAAUUGGAUGGGAACGGAAAAUAAAGAAAAUGAACCGAUAAAAGAGGAAAAUGAUGAAAAUGAAAACAAGAGUUUGGAUGGAUUUGAACGACCGAAGGCUCGGAGGGUGGGUAUUUUAAUAUUUUUGGGGGUCGAGGGGAGAUGGACGGUUAGUUUAGGGUGUUUUUUAGCAUUUUUAAAGCGUUGGAAGGGAAGUUCUUGCCAUAUUUUGUUUUUUAAACAAAGUUCUUGCAAUUUUUUGUUUUGUAAAGAAAGUUCUUUCAAUAUAUUGUUUUGUAAACAAAGUUUUUGCUAUUUUUUGCUUUGUAAAGAAAGUUCUUGACAAUCUAAUUACUAAUUACCCUUUUUCAGAUUCACUACCCAGUUCCAGUGUCAACAGAUGAGCCAGCGGCUAAACGGUCUCGUCCAUCGGAUCAAAAUGUUCAGCCAGCCGGCUACGAAUCAUUUUUUGGUAAUCAGCCAAUGAACGCGUGGGCCUUACAAUUUGCUCUACUACAAAUGCAACGCCAAAACAUACCGCCAAUUCAAAUGCCUAGCAACACCAACUCCCCCAAGGCGUUCAAACCCCCAUCCAAGGUUUAUCCAUUGAGUUCGAGGACGAAUUUGUUCAACAACAACAAUUAA